UCAUCCUUCCCUUAAACGACCGUAUCCGCCCUGCCGCGGAGGCAAGCAAUGGCUUCCCUCAACCUCGGCUGGCUUGGCGACGGUAGCUGGUUCAGCAAACCGCCGAAGCCAAUUACUCCUCCUCAACUUGUAACCAACCUCACCUCCUUCCUUUCUUCAUUCUCAUCCGUCUCCUUCACGAGCGGCAGCGGCGGCAACAACCAGCAAUGCCUGCCUCCCAACUUCGCCUGGAUUGGCUCCAAUUUGUUCAGAAGGGAGAAGAAGGGACCUCCCACCAAAGGAAAGUACGGGGAGAUGCUGGACCAGUACUUCUGGGAGUGCGAGAACCUCCCCGACUACCGGCACGCGCCCGAGGUGGAUUCCAUCCUUGACGACCACCCCUUUAUCGAGAAGAAGGAGAACCCCACUCCUGAAGAGAUCGAGGAGAACAAGAAAUGGUGGGACGAGUUCAUGAGUAACCCCGUAGUUCAGUUCUGGAAGAGGGCCGAGGAGAUAGAUGAUGCCAUCAAUGAGAUGGAGCUCAAGGAGAACGCGGUUCCUUACCGCCGGGAGGACCGGAAGCUGUGGCAGUCGCUGCCAAAUGUCCCUGGAAUGGACGGCCGGCCAAUGCCGAGGAAGGCCAUAAGGACGAAGAAGGAGUCGGACGACAAGUUCUGGGAUUUCGCUAGGCAGUUCUUUUUUGGCCUCUGGGGGUUCCGACAGCGACCGUAUCCGCCCUGCCGACCAAUCGACGUCACGCAGGCGAUCGGGUAUAAGCGCCUUGAGAGGCGGUAUUAUGAUUUUAUCAUGAGGAGCGGUGGGUGGUAUUAUAAGGAUCGCUUAGGGCGUACAAGAGGGCCUUUAGAGCUAAUAACUCUGAAGACAGUGGGCGGGGGCAUAAUCGACACAAAUACUUUUGUAUGGGGUGAGGAUAUGGAUGAGUGGGCACCAAUCGGCAUGGUCUAUGGUCUAGAACCAGCAAUUGCCACUUGGGAAGUUAGACUUGGAGCUGCUGGAACUGCUUUACUGCACAAGCUACAGAAAGGUAUACCUCCAUGGAUACCCCUCAAGGUGCAUGAGAAGAAAACGUACAAAGAACUUCAAGAAGAAGCAAUUGAAAGUAAAAGACGUGAUUUAGCAGUGCUUCAAGCAAAUGGUGGAGUUUGGCCAGGUGUAAGAAUUCCUAGCCAUGCAUUAUUUCUUUGGGCUAGUGGGUCAGAGCUUACCCCAACUUUAGAAGCAGAUCACAUGCCUAACAAAUUUAUUCCCAAAGAUCUUAGGAAGCGUUUGGCAGACCUAAUUCCUGGUUUGAGGCCUUGGGAAGUUCUGAGCAUAGAACAAGCUAUGGAUCAAAUUACGUAUGAUGGAGAAUGGUACCGUGAACCAUUUGGAGCAUACACGACAGGUCCUCCAUACAUUAGGCAUUGGAAUAAGGAUGUUAAGAGGAUGUAUCGGAUCUUCAGCAAAUUGAGCUACCGUGUGUGCAAAAAGCUAGAGAAAACAAUUCCUGGUUUCGAUGUUAUCACGGAAAAAGUUAUGAACGACAGUAGUGCGAGAGAGGAGCGGCGGCUGGAAAAGAGGGCUGAGAAAAAGAGAGCAGAGGCCAGGAAAAUUUAUGGAAAAGAUGCGUGGGAUUGAUACUAGCAUCACAGAGCAGAAAGCAAUAAGUUCCACCUUUCGUCUAUUAAGUUAGAGAACAGCCCCUAGUCCAUCUUGUACGUGUGAUUUUGGAAUAUGCUUGUGAAAUGAGUUCUCUCUUUCGAUUCAUGUAAUUGCUAUGCAUCUUCUGUUUACUGUUAAUCAUAGAAGCCUUCUAUGUCCAGGUGGUUCAUAUAUGCAAGAUCAGCAGAAAUUAUCAAA